AUUACAAUUACAUACAUCAUUACAUAGGUACCUACAUAACGACGACAACCAUAACGAUACUAAUAAGUGCUACAACGAUUAAAACUUGAGAUGGUAUAAUCGCACGUCUAUUGCUUGCAUUACCACUAUAAGAUAUAUCUUGAGAAGGAAGGGGGUCUCGGCUGCUCGAUCAUGGGGUGAAUUGGUAGAUGAGUCUUCAGUCCUCGGUCUAGGCAAAAAUCAAACUUGAAGAUGAUGUUCAGACGGAGCCUUUCCCGUCUCCGUCAAGGUCUGCUCGUACAACGCUGUCAGGGUGUGAGAUGUUUUUCUCUCACCUCCUGCCGCCGAGAGAUCCUCGAUGCCUCUGUACUUCCCGAGCGCAUUCUGCCCGCGUAUAAGGAGAGUUCAACCUCUUCUCUGCUAUCUUUGCAAUGGCCAGAACCGCCGCGGAAUAUCCUGAUCAUUCCAAAGCUACAUGCUCCUAAGGUGACUGCUUCUGCUAUCUCAUUUGCGAAUCAUAUUCACAGCGAAUACCCCGAUCUGAAUCUCGUGUUCGAACGCCGAAUCGCCUCGACUAUGCACGAGUCCCUGUCUUUUCCUAUAUACGCCUCUGAUCCAAGCUUGUUUCCUCGCAAGAUUGAUCUCGUGACCACCCUGGGUGGCGAUGGAACCAUUCUACGCGCAGCUAGCCUUUUCAGUCUACAUGCCUCCGUGCCUCCCAUCUUAUCCUUUAGCAUGGGAUCGCUGGGCUUUCUAGGCGAGUGGAAGUUUGAGGAAUUUAAACGCGCUUGGCGUGAAGUAUACAUGAGCGGAAGCCGUGUUGGUGUAUCCGACCUGCAAGGUCCUCAUACACAGUUUGCUAUCAACGGCCGGCCUGAUGGGGACGAAGGCCGUCUUCACAGUAACUGGGAAGGCCUCCGUGGAAAGAGCAUGGGUCUUACUCGGUCCAGCAAAAUUCUUCUGCGCCACCGGUUAAAGGUUGGAGUUUAUGACGCCGCGGGUAUUAACAUAAACGAGCAACUCAUACCUACCCCGAUCGCUGAGCCGCAGCAGUCCACGUCGGGGACACCUAUCGAUUUAAAUCUUGCAGGGAAGAAUGGGGGACAAGCCGGGUCGCGACCAUUUCAUGCUGUAAACGAACUUGUUAUCCAUCGUGGUCCAAACACGCACCUUGCCAUUAUCGACGUCUAUGUGAAUAAUCACUUCCUGACGGAGGCGGUAGCCGAUGGAAUCUUAAUAAGUACGCCGACGGGGUCCACGGCCUACUCGUUAUCCGCUGGUGGUAGUAUUAUGCACCCCUUGGUCAAGACGCUGUUGAUCACUCCAAUAUGCGCACGCAGUCUCAGCUUUCGGCCACUUGGCCUCCCCUUGAAUACCAAGGUAGUUCUUAAGCUAAGCGAGAAAAAUCGCGGGCGCGAACUUGAAGUCAGCAUCGAUGGCAAGCGAAGGGCUGCUGUGACCGUUGGUAUGGAGAUCCGCGUUGAAGGUGAGACUGUUGGCCGUACCUCUAGCGGCAGCUGGGCUGGAGGGGUGCCUAGUGUCAUCAGGUCCCCUAUCAAGGGCGACGGCGACAGAGAUGGGAUUGCGGAGGAUGAUGACGGGUGGGUUGGUGGAUUAAUCGGCCUGCUCAAAUUCAACUAUCCAUUUGGUGACGGUCAAUGAAACUCAUAUCCGUAUUGGGGAUCGGAAUCCGAGUUUUACAGCAUGAGCACUUGUUGGGAGACCCAAGAUAGUGUCAACGAAUAAUUCAUUUAUAGGCGCAUGUGUAGUGCGUACCAAGGCAGAGGCUACCUGUAUAGAGGGUAAGGUUAUCCUGGACGUGUUAUUGUCUAACCCCUAUCUACCAAUACUUCAUCAGUUACCUCCUAGGUGCUUAUCUUUGAUGGCAUCAAGGAUACCCGGAAAGAAAUCACGUUAUUUAUCUCGGAAUCGCACUGUUACAUUGAUGUUGUUGGAUUGUUUAAGUUUGAUACAUCUCCUUGAUUAUCUUGAGCUGAAUGCAAUUUAACAGCUACCUAAUCUACAAAGCUACGCAGCUAGAAGGUAUAAUUAUCACAUGUACUUGAUCUGUACUUGAUCUGUGCUGAUCUGUGCUGAUCUGUGUCUGAAUGAAAAGCAG